AUGAAGAGCUACUAUGGCUCGCGUUGGGACCCAAGCUACUUCCGAUGGAUGGUCGCGAAUUGCGACGCACCACUGACUACCGAUGCCAUGGACGGCGCAGCAUCCAACGGGAAGUUGAGCAGCGUCAAGUGGUUGCACAGCCACCGGGUUGAAGGCUGCACCACUGCAGCCAUGGACCGAGCUGCAAGCAGAGGCCGUCUCGACAUUGUCAAGUGGCUUCAUGAAAAUCGCACUGAAGGCAGCACCACUGCUGCAAUGGAUGGCGCGACAAUGUCGCUGGGCAAGGGCAUCUCGCCGCCAUCAAGUGGCUGCAUGAGAGGCUGCAGCCCUGCGGCGAUGGUCAACGCUGCGUCGAAUGGACAUUUGGAGGUGGUCAAGUAUGUGCAUACUGAGAUUAAGCAACCAGCUACCAGUGCUGCGAUCACUGCUGCCGCGGAGAACGGUCAUCUUCUGGUCGUGAAUUAUCUCCACGAGAAUCGGACGGAGGCUUGUGGAGCCAACGCCAUUCUUCGCGCCACGAGGAAGAGACACACUGCGGUCGUCAAGUAUUUACUCAAGCAUGACGAGUGUCGAGCUGCAUACAAGCCGAAGAACGCGACGAUGCUUGCUGACGGAGUAGUUUCCACGCGGAAGAAGAUCUGGCGCUUCAUUUUUGGCCUCGUGGUUUGA